AUGGGUUGGGGGUUUGCGCACCCGGACAACCCAGACGAGGCCGGGCGAGCGCAAGUACAAAAGGAACUGGUGCUGGCCGACAUUGCCACCGAGAUCUACUCGGUGCUGCACAACAAGGAUGUGACGCGGCGCGAAAUUGGGGCGAUGUGCCAAGAGCUCGCGGAUCGGUCGGUCGACGGCUACCAUCUGCUUUUUCGG